ACACAGACAACAACAUGUCAAGCUUGGCAGAUGUCGGCAGAAAACUCUUGGAAAUAAAAGCCCGACAAAAACGUUCAGAUUUGUAAUUUUGUAAUUUAGCUGGGAGACGAUUUACCCUUACCUCACCUUUUGAAAAUGGCCAGCUUGGAAAGUGAAAUUUCUGGAGCUCAUUGGAAACUUAAGAGAUAUGGCUCUAUCUAUGAACCCCUCAAGCUCUCAAUUUUCCACCGGGAGGAUGAGCCACUGUGGGACAAACUCGACCGCUACUACAACGCAGUGAAGAGCACCAUACUGAACUACCAGAGUCCCACCACAGGCCUGUUCCCUACCAAGACAUGCUCCAGCUGCAAGGAGGCCAAGGUGCGGGAUUCACUUUACUGUGCAGCCAGUUCCUGGGCCCUGGCACUAGCUUACAGACGCAUCGAUGAUGACCUGGGACGUACUCAUGAGCUGGAGCACUCGGCCAUCAAGUGCAUGAGGGGGAUCCUGUACUGUUACAUGCGCCAGUCUGACAAGGUGGAGCAAUUCAAACAGGAUCCUAGCCCCUCCAAGUGCCUGCACUCAAUAUUCAACAUAGACACGGGAGAUGAGAUGCUUUCCUACAAUGACUACCAUCACCUCCAGAUUGACGCAGUCUCCCUGUUCCUUCUCUAUCUGGUGGAGAUGAUCUGCUCGGGCCUCCAGAUCAUCUACAACACAGACGAGGUCUCUUUCAUCCAGAACCUGGUGUUCUGUGUGGAGCGGGCGUACCGUGUGCCUGACUUUGGCAUGUGGGAGAGAGGGAGCAAAUACAACAAUGGAAGCACUGAGCUGCAUUCAAGUUCUGUGGGGAUGGCUAAGGCUGCUCUUGAAGCUAUCAAUGGAUUCAACCUGUUUGGGAAUCAGGGUUGCUCUUGGUCUAUAAUCUUUGUGGACCUGGACGCCCACAACAGGAACAGGCAGACAUUGUCCUCUCUCCUCCCUCGAGAAUCCAGAUCCCAUAACACGGAUGCUGCCCUCCUGCCCUGCAUCAGCUACCCGGCGUUCGCCGUGGAUGAUGACGCCCUCUACAGUCAGACUCUGGACAAGGUGGUGCGCAAGCUGAAGGGGAAGUACGGCUUCAAGCGCUUCCUGCGCGACGGCUACAGGACAGCCAACGAGGACAAGAACAGGAGACACUACAAACCGGCUGAGAUGAAGCUUUUUGAUGGAAUCGAAUGCGAGUUUCCCAUUUUUUUCAUCUUCAUGAUGAUUGAUGGGGUCUUCAGGGGGAACGAGGCCCAAGUGAAAGAAUACCAAGACCUGUUAACUCCUAUCAUUUUUCAGUCAUUUGAUGGUCACGCUGUCAUCCCUAAGUACUACCACGUCCCUGCAGACUUUGUGGAGGCGGAGCAGAAGAAGCAUGGCAGCCAGAAGCGUUUCCCUUCCAACUCAGGCCAAGAUGGCAUGCUGUUCCUGUGGGGUCAAGCCCUCUUCAACAUUGCCAGGCUGCUGGUGGACGAGCUCAUCAGCCCCCAAGACAUCGACCCGAUCAAACGCUAUGUACCCCGCCAGGAACAGAGGAAUGUCGUCAUGAGAUACUCCAAUCAGGGUCCAAUCGAUAACGACACCGUGGUUCAUGUGGCCCAGAUAGCUGAAAGCCAGAGACUGCAGGUGUUCCUGAACACCUAUGGCAUCCAGACCCAGACUCCCCAGCAGGUGGAGCCCAUUCAGAUCUGGGCGCAGAAGGAGCUGGUCAAUGCGUACCGUUUCCUGGCCAUCAAUAAGAAGCUGGGGCUGAGUGGGCGUCCAGAGAGACCAGUGGGGUGUAUGGGGACCUGCAAGAUUUAUCGGAUUUUGGGGAAGACCGUGGUGUGCUACCCUAUCGUCUUUGAUCUCAGUGACUUCUACUUGUCCCAGGACGUCAUGCUGCUGAUUGAUGACAUCAAGAAUGCCCUGCAGUUCAUCAAGCACAGCUGGAAAAUGAAAGGUCGUCCGCUCUUCCUCGUGCUCAUCCGAGAGGACAACAUCAAGGGGAGUCGUUUCAAUCCAGUCCUGGACAUGUUGGCAUCGUUCAAGAAGGGCAGCAUCGGAGGGGUCAAGGUUCACGUGGACAGACUUCAGACCCUGAUAUCAGGAGCUAUCGUGGAACAACUGGACUUCCUGCGUGUCAAUGAGGCAGAAAUCCCGGAGUUUAAGAACUUCCAGGAGCUUGAGAUGCCCAAGCACUCCAAGGUCAAGAGGCAGACGAGCACACCCAACGCCUCGGACCUGGAGCAGCAGCCCGAGGUCGACAUUGACGAGUGGAGGCACAAGCCCACCAAGGAGAUCCUGCAAAAGUUCUACGACUGUGACUGCCUGGCCAGUCAAGCACAGCUUGCCAGCAUUCUCCUGAAGAAAGAAGGUCCGGACUUCUUUGCCAAGGAUGAGACUCUUAUGGAGGACAUGGAGAGGAUCUACCGAAGAGCUGGGACCAGAAAGCUUUGGUCGGUUGUACGACUCGCGGCCAGUGUGCUAACUAAGCUAGUGGACAGCCUUGCCCCAAGUAUUACUAGUAUUUUAGUAAAUAGCAAGCAGGUAACGCUGGGACUGUUUGGGCAUGAGGAGGAGGUGAUCUCCAACCCCCUCUCGCCAGGGGUCAUCAAGGGCAUCCUCUACAGCAGGUGCUGCGGGGAGAGGGAGGCAGUCCUGCAGCAGGAGCUUGUCAUUCACAUUGGCUGGAUCAUCUCCAACACCCCGGAGCUUUUCAGCGGCAUGCUGAAGAUUCGCGUCGGAUGGAUCGUUCAGGCUAUGAAGCACGAGUUGGAGAUCCGAGCAGGUGACAUGCCACCCCAGGACAUUUACCAAAUGUCCCCCAGUGAGGUCAAACAGCUGCUGCUGGACGUCCUUCAGCCGCAGCAGCACGGCAGAUCCUGGCUCAACAGACGUCAGAUCGACGGUUCCCUCAACAGGACUCCCCAGGGCUUCUAUGACCGAGUCUGGCAGAUUUUGGAGAGAACUUGUAAUGGCAUUGUUGUUGCCGGUGUCCAUCUGCCACAGCAACCUACUCUGUCUGACAUGACCAUGUAUGAGAUGAACUUCUCUCUACUGGUGGAAGACACACUGAAGAACAUUGUGCUGCCUGAGUACAGACAGAUAGUGGUGGAGCUGCUCAUGGUGGUGUCCAUAGUUUUGGAAAGGAACCCGGAGCUGGAUUUUUCAGAGAAAGUGGACCUAGACUUUUUAGUGAAGGAGGCCAUUAAAGACUUCCAGAAUGACAGGAGACAGGAGGGGACAAAUAAAAUGGAAAACCAGGACGACAUGGAGGCGUUUUAUAAGACACCUCCGAUGGGAAAGAGAGGCACCUCCAGCUACCUGACCAAAGCAGUGAUGAUUCAGCUGCUCCAGGGAGACGUGAAGCCCUCCAAGGAUGACCCCUGCUCCGUCAGCUAAACUAAACCUGUCCAGCGCAGUACGAGAAUCCACUGCACCUGUACUCUGUAUAGCUCCUAACAACACGCUUACUAAGUCAGCAAUAAUGACUCCUAAUCCACCAGCAAUAGUUUAGGGCUAUACGGGCAGGACAGUAUCCAAUCUAUUAGCACUGUUAACAGCAUUGCAAUUAAACGAAAGGACUGUUACCACCCACAGUACCUUGCCUCUACACUUUUCCGUACGGCUUGUGAGGAAGCCUGCAUUGCUGACUAGUUAUCAAUGGCAUGAUAAGGAAUGCUUAGAAUAUAGUGUUGAAUGACCGAACACAGUCUUUUGGAGGCCAAAUCUUUUUCAAGACCUCACAUUGUGUUUUUUGUCGUUGAUUGUAGUCAAGAUGAUGUUUUAGUUCGGUUGUUAUUAAAAUGAGAGAUUACUUAA